AUGAAGCUUAUCAUAUUACUUGGGCUUUUGCCCGCUGUGUUUUGUACCGGAGCACCGACUGAACAAAAGAAUCCAGAAACGAUUCCAGAAAUUGUGGAUGCUGCUAACUUUGCAGUUACUUCACUGAACGGUUUGAUGGAUUCUGAUCCACAAAUGAGCAAACUGAAGAUAGUCUCUGCUAAAACUCAGGUUGUAGCUGGUUAUAACUAUUUUCUCAAAUUAAGAGUUCAGUAUGGUUCAGAGGUGAAAGAAUGUGAAGUAGUAGUAUGGGUUAAAGCCUGGUUAAAUAUGAGAAAAGUAACAUCUCAGACUUGUAUUGAUAUGAGUGGUGAUGAACCAGCAGAGCCUACUGUAUUAGGUGGUGUUGUAUCAGUCAAUGUUGAUAAAGAAAGUAAAACAGCUAUCUCAUUUGGUAUUGAACAGUUUAAUUCUAGAUCUAACAAUCUGUUUAGAUCUCUACCAUUAAAAAUUACGAAUUUGAAGAAACAGCUUGUUGCUGGUAACCUGUAUACAUUUGAUGCUACAAUACAAUCCAGUUCUUGUAGAAAUACCCCUGAUAAUGCCAAGAAAGGUUUAGAUGAGUGUCCAGCUAGUAAUGAUGCUACUUCUAAGCAGAAGUGCUCAUUUAAAGUUUUAUACCAAGCUUGGGUUGAUGCUGAUAAACAAUGGACUUUAACUGACUUUAGUUGUAAAAAGGCUUAA